AUGUCUGACGAAGAAAAUGAUAUCUUAUAUGAAGUUAAAGAUAGAGUUGCAAUUAUAACUUUUAAUAUUCCAAAAAAAUUAAAUGCAUUAAAUGGUGAACAAUAUUUAAAAUUAGGUAAAUUUGUUGAACAAGCUAAUGAAGAAGAAGAUACUGUUGCAACUAUUAUUCAAGCUACUGGUAAAUAUUUUAGUGCUGGUGCAAAUUUUGCUGAUAAAAAAUUAAUGGAAACUGAUCCUGCUGAAUUAUUUAGUCAUGAAUAUUGGUUAGCAAGAUUUGUUGCAAGAAAUGUUUGGUUAACUAAUGUAUUUAAUGAUCAUAAAAAAAUAUUAGUUGCAUCAGUAAAUGGACCAGUAAUUGGAUUAAGUACUGGAUUAUUAUUAUUAUGUGAUUUAAUUUAUGUUAAUGAUUUAAGUAAAUUUUAUUUAUUAGCUCCAUUUGCUAAUUUAGGUUUAGUUGCUGAAGGUGGAUCAUCAGCUACAUUAUUUGCAAGAUUGGGUUGGUCAAAAGCAUCAGAAGCUUUAUUAUUAGCAAAACCAAUUAGUGGACAAGAUUGUUAUAAUGCAGGAUUAAUUAAUAAACAUUAUGAAGGAAAAUUAACAACAGAAGAAUUUAAUCAAAAAGUAUUUGAAGAAUUAGUUUCAUCAUUUGAGAAUUUACAUGAAGAUUCUAUUUUCAAAAAUAAAGAAUUAUUAAAAUUAACAAGAGAUCAAUUAAUUAAUCAAGCAAAUUCUCAAGAAGUUAUGAAAGGUUUUUAUAAAUGGUUAGAAGGUGUUCCACAGGGUAGAUUUGCUCAAUUAGCUAUGAAAGAAGUUAAACAUAAAUUUUAA